CUCUCAUCCUUCACAUUUCCUCACAUCUUCCUCUCUCUAAAAACUAUCAAAGAAUAAUAUUGCACAAUUACAAGUAUCCCUUUCCAUUAUAUUUAAACACACUUAUCUUCCCUUCAGUCAUACAACCGACACCAAGAGAGGAAAAAAUAAAACCCACCAAAACUCCCUCAUAUUCACCAAAAAUGGAUAUUGCUAGUAAUAACAAAGCAAUAAUGCUUGAAGUUAUAGAUCAACUCGUUCAAGGCCAUGAGUUGGCCACUAAGCUUCAGCAACUCCUCUCUCAACACGGGUCAGGUCUUGGUCCAGCGGAGGAUCUCGUGGCUAAAAUCUCGGGGUCUUUUAGUGACUCAAUCUCUGCUCUUGAUUCCAUCGAACCCAUCCACUCCUCUCUCUUCACCGCCGUUGAAGGCUCUCAAAAUGCUUCCUGUAACAACGACGGCAAGCUUGAGGACUCCGUUGAUAGUCGGAAAAGAUUGGGACCCGUCAAGAAUAAAAGAGGAUGCUACAAGAGAAAGAAGAGAGCUGACACGUGGACUGUAGAGUCAACUCUACUUGAAGACGCAUUUUCUUGGAGGAAAUAUGGAAAAAAGGAGAUUCUUAAUGCCAAAUUCCCAAGAAGUUACUUUAGGUGCACACACAAAUACACUCAAGGGUGCAAGGCAACAAAGCAAGUGCAGAAGCUAGAGCUCGAAUCCAAGAUGUUCAGCAUCACAUACAUCGGAAACCACACGUGCAACUCGGACGAAGUAACACCCAAGUGUCCUAGUUUGACGACCUCGGUGAAUGAAGAGGAAAACAACCAUCGUAAUGGUUCGUCCACGGAAAGUGACUUGCAAUUGGUGUGGCAAGAAAUGUUGGUGUUUGAAGAGGAACAUAAUCAUCAUCAUCAUCAUCAUGAGGCUAUUUAUGGUUGUGGUGAAAGUAGUGCAUCUAUUAAUGGUUUGGAUACCACGGAUCUUUGGAGUUGGCAGCAAUUAUCUGUUCAACCACAAUGAGCAGCUCUCUUACUUAGAACCAUGUUCGAAUCUAGCUUAAUUUUACCUUAUUAUUGUCUACAGAAUGGAACAUUUAUAUUUUCAUUAUAUAGCUCUUUUCUUA